AGCAAAUCACUACAGCACCUCUCCGCCUUGACAUCUCCUCCUGACGACUUACAUUUCGCCAUGGCAGCAGUCGCAGAUAGCUCUGCGCUCCAGGCGCGGUCACUGUACCGCUCGCUCCUCCGCCAAAGCCGCCAGUUCGCCGCAUACAACUUCCGCGAGUACGCCUUGCGCCGGACCAAGGACGCUUUCCGUGACAACCAGCACUUGAACGAUGAGCACGCGAUCCAGGAGGCGAUACAGAAGGGACAGAAGGAGCUGCAGGUCUUGAAGAGGCAAACCGUCGUCAGCCAGUUCUUCCAGCUCGACCGGUUAGUGGUAGAGGGCGGCAAGACGGGCAAGCAGACGGGCAACGAAGGCGGGGUUGUUAGACAGAAGGACACUGGCUGGGAUUAAGCCGCGGGCCGCGCAAUAGAUGGUUUUCAGUGAUUUUAGGGCAAUCGGGGCACUUUGUCGGAGCAUGGGUUUCAUCUCUCCAUCGGACUGUUAUUGUAUCAUAUCCAAUCAGACAGACAGCGCCUGCAUCAAAGCGCGUAAUCCCAUGAGAAGUCUGUUGAUUGUUUCUGUCGCGUUUUAUGUACAUUUUGAUCAGGUG